AUGGAGAUGUCACCUAUGAGAAAUGUAAAAAGGGAUCAGAAAUCGAGUGCAGGAAGAAGCAGAAGGAGGGUAUGGAAGUUGAAGAUAAGUCUCACAUGGAGCGCCAUCAAGAAGGCAAUAACUGGGAGCUUUAAGCCUCAUUAUUUUCAUCUAAGCUGCGGGCCUGGCAUCAACCAACUCUCCGACCUCCGAAUCCAUCAAGAUUCCAUUAACGCGCCUCCUCGUGCAAAAAAAGAUCCCACCAAAACACUGGCCGCCCUCCUCCUGAAGCCCUAUUCAGCUUCUGAUUUCAUCGACUAUGGCGACCACAUGACUCCUACUAAAUCCCCAAGAGAAAAUAUCUCAACAAACUGGCGUGAAAUCCACGGCCAACAAAACUGGAAUGGACUUCUUGAGCCUCUCCAUCCGUCGCUCCGCCGAGAAAUAAUCAAAUAUGGAGAAUUUGUUGAAGCAACUUAUGACGCCUUUGACUUCGAUCCCUUGUCGGAGUUUUGCGGGAGUUGUAGAUACAAUCGUCACAAGAUUUUUGAAGAAUUAGGCCUCACUGGAAAUGGCUACAAGGUAACCAAAUACAUUUAUGCCAUGUCUCAUGUAGACGUGCCUAAAUGGUUUGAGAGGUCGGGAUUGGGGCGAAUUUGGAGCAAAGAUUCAAACUGGAUGGGGUAUGUCGCCGCGAGCAGCGACAUGGAAACUAAAAGAAUUGGCAGAAGAGACAUAGUCGUGGCAUGGCGUGGCACUGUGGCGCCAAGCGAAUGGUUUAUGGAUCUCAAAACAAAGCUAGAUCGAUUGGGACCUAAAAACUCAAGAAUCAAAGUCCAACAUGGGUUCCUCAGUAUCUACAAAUCCAAGAGCGAGAAAACAAGGUAUAACAAGUUAAGCGCCUCGGAGCAAGUGAUGGAAGAGUUAAACAGACUAGUGAAUUUUUUUCAAGGAAGAGGCGAAGAAGUGAGCUUAACGAUUACAGGCCACAGUCUCGGCGGUGCAUUGUCGCUGCUUAAUGCAUAUGAAGCUGCAAAUACAUUUCCGAAUUUAUUCAUUAGUGUCAUCUCUUUCGGGGCGCCAAGAGUCGGCAACAUCUUCUUUAAAGAAAAGCUGAGUCAAUUGGGAGUGAAGACCCUUCGAGUUGUUGUGAAAGAAGAUAUUGUACCGCAACUUCCUGGAAUUGUGUUCAACAAAAUUCUUCGGAAACUGAAUCCGAUAACAGAGAGGUUGAACUGGGUUUACAGGCAUGUUGGGGUACAGCUGAAGAUUGUUCAAGUGAUAUCCCCUUAUUUGAAACAUGAUUCGGAUUUAUCAGGGAGCCAUAAUUUGGAGCUUUAUCUCCAUCUUCUAGAUGGGUAUCUGAGCAAGAAAUCAAAGUUCAGAUGGAAUGCAAGAAGGGAUAUUGCAUUGGUAAAUAAAAGUAGUAAUAUGUUGAUAGAGGAGUUGAGAAUUCCAGAGUUUUGGUACCAAUUUCCUUAUAAAGGACUUAUGUUGAACAAGCAUGGAAGAUGGGUGAAACCUGGAAGACUACCUGAAGAUGUUCCUUCUCCAUUUCCCACUGAAGCAUCAACUCAUGUCUCAGUUAUUUCUGCUUAAGUAAGUCUUUCUGAAUUAAUAAUAGGUAUGAAUUUUAAACAGGUUUUUUAAUUUUGCUUUAUUUUUUUAUUUGAUUUCUAAUUCACGUGGAAGAUUGUACUCUUUCACAGGAAAUGUUUAUACAGUGAGUUUUGGUUGCCAAAACUUGUAAUUCUUGCUCAUAAUUGCAGUGGAUUUUUAAGAGUUUUUCUCUUUUA